GGGCGUCUCGAGCCGCCGACAGAAGGACGUCGAGCCCUCUCGCCGCGGAGUCGCUCCCUGUCGGGAACCAACCCCCUCUGGGGUCGCUUGUGCCGCCUGCCGCCCUCCCACCGCGAGGGACGUGGCUGGCCUCGGUGAGGGGACAGGUCAGCAUGAGGCAGGGGGUCCGUGCGGCCGGGGCAGGGCAGGGGACGACGGCGGCCUCCGUGCAGUUGCUGCUCGCCUUGCGCUUCUUCCUCGGAGUCGUGGAAGCCCAGGUCACUGGAGUCUUGGAUGAUUGCUUGUGUGAUAUCGACAGCAUUGAUAACUUCAACACCUACAAAAUCUUCCCCAAAAUAAAAAAAUUGCAAGAGCGAGAUUAUUUUCGUUAUUACAAGGUUAAUCUAAAGAGACCAUGUCCUUUCUGGGCUGAAGAUGGCCAUUGUUCAAUUAAGGACUGUCAUGUGGAACCCUGUCCAGAGAGUAAAAUUCCAGUUGGAAUUAAAGCUGGGCAUCCUAAUAAGUACUUGAAAAUGGUGAAUGAUACCACAGACUUAGAAGAUUGUGAGCAAGCUAAUAAACUGGGAGCAAUUAACAGCACACUUAGUAAUCAAAGCAAAGAAGCUUUCAUUGACUGGGCAAGAUAUGAUGAUUCACAGGAUCAUUUUUGUGAACUUGAUGAUGAGAGAUCUCCUGCUGCUCCAUACGUAGACCUCUUGCUGAACCCAGAGCGAUACACGGGAUAUAAAGGGCCCUCGGCGUGGAGAGUGUGGAACAGCAUCUACGAAGAAAACUGUUUCAAGCCUCGAUCUGUUUACCGUCCUUUAAAUCCUCUGGCGCCCAGCCGAGGAGAAGAUGAUGGAGAAUCAUUUUACACCUGGCUAGAAGGUUUGUGCCUGGAGAAAAGAGUCUUCUACAAGCUGAUUUCUGGACUUCAUGCUAGUAUCAAUUUACAUCUGUGUGCAAAUUAUCUUUUGGAAGAAACCUGGGGUAAACCUAGUUGGGGACCUAAUGUCAAGGAAUUUAAAUGCCGCUUUGACCCUGUGGAAACUAACGGGGAAGGUCCACGACGACUAAAGAAUUUGUACUUUUUAUACCUAAUUGAGCUCCGGGCUUUAUCAAAGGUGGCCCCAUAUUUUGAACGCUCAAUUGUUGAUCUUUACACUGGAAAUGUAGAAGAAGAUGCGGUCACAAAAAGCCUUCUACUGAAUAUCUUUCAAGACACAAAGUCCUUUCCCAUGCACUUUGAUGAGAAAUCCAUGUUUGCAGGUGAAAAAAAGGGAGCCAAGUCAUUAAAGGAGGAGUUCCGGCUGCAUUUCAAGAACAUCUCCCGUAUCAUGGACUGCGUCGGCUGUGACAAGUGCAGAUUGUGGGGGAAGUUGCAGACUCAGGGUUUAGGAACUGCUUUGAAAAUACUAUUCUCUGAAAAAGAAAUUCAAAAGCUACCAGAAAACAGCCCAUCUAAAGGCUUCCAACUGACUCGACAGGAAAUAGUUGCUCUUUUAAAUGCCUUUGGAAGGCUUUCCACGAGUAUAAUGGAACUACAGAACUUUAAACUCUUAUUACAGCACAGUAGGUAAUAAAGGCUUUCACGUGUCUCUUUAGAAUGCUAAAGGGGCUGCAGGAAGCCUUUUAGCCUUGAGCCUUCAGCAGAUUAAUCUCCUAAGACUUCAAGAGUUUUGAACGCUUCAAUGAGAAAAAUUCAGAUUUUCACUUGAAUAUUUAUGAUCCUGAAUAGGUUAUUAUAGAUUGGAGAUAUUUAUCAAUGAAGUAUAUACUUUUAAAACUUGUAAGUUAUACCAAUUCUGUGUUUACUUUUGUUUCUGCCUGUUGAAUGUUCCAUUUGUUUUGAAUUUGUUUGUUCGCAUUGUAUGAUUUCUUACUUCCAGUUGUCAAACCUUACAUGGCUGUGUCUCCAUUCUAAUCACAUCGUUAACCAUCUACAGUGGAGACGGAAACCCAGGGAACAAAUGUUGCUUGGGGCUGGUUAUCAGUAAGAAAAGCAUCAAUAACGUUUUAAUAUAUUUUAAAGAGCCCUUCCCAGCACUGUUGGUGCCACUCUGUAUCGCAGGUGAUGAGAGGUCUUUCAUUGUAUAGUUACAGAUGCGCCUUACAGUUUUCCAACACUUCACCUUCCAUUUCAUUGAUCGUUAAGAUUUUUAGUUGCUGCUAUUGUUGCUGUUUUGUGUUCAUCUUAAAAAAUCAUCAUAAUAAUAACAAUGAAUAAGUGCUCGUCCCUGUGCUGCCCAGCCAGAACUCACCCCGCAGUUUCUGUAGACUCUGUUCUUGGUUCUCAGCACAAAUCAUAAACCCACUUUCCUUUCAGACAAAAGACAAGCCAACCAAUAUUUAAGAAUCUUCUCAAUAGAACUUGAAUGAGUUAACAUGCAUUCAUCACACACACAUUAGAAUGUGAUACACAGAAGUUGCUAUUGAAUUUCUUUUUCUAUUUUAAACCAAACAUUUUGAAGGAUUUUAUUUUGGACUACAAUCUAUGCAAUCCUAUAGCUCUUACUUUCCUCUGUAGGCUAGCUAAGCAAGUAGACUGGCCUCCUUUCCACCCAUCUCCACCUUGUCCUUUCACUUCUGUUCAUGAUAUGAAAAUGGUACCUUGUGUGAAGAUGACUUCUAAGUACUAGCUUGUCGCUCUCUAACCCCGGACUUAGAUCGCCUCAAGCAACACGGGUCAUUUUUCAUCGUGUCAGUGGUUAUAAUGUGAUUGAGUUGGAAGAUUGUGUCUAUGUGGGAGUAUUGCGGGGACAAGAGAGUCUCUCGCAUUAGACUCUACAUUCUUUUUUGCAAAGUAAAUAACAAGUGCUCUUAUACCCUUGUCUUGCCAAAGUCUGAAAUGCAUUCAUUGGCGAUUUAAUGGAGUAAAUUAUUUUAAAUUGUAAUUAGUUGGACUACUUCAGUUUUCUAAUUUUCCAAUUCUGUCCAAUUUUCAUAAUUUUUUGUUAGUAGCAGUGUGUUUUGUUUGUGAAUAAAAUGGCCGACUCCCCAAGCCUCCCGUUUUUUCCUGUUCUUUCUUUAGGGAUGCAAAUGUGUGGUGGGGGAGGAGUCCCUAAGGGCUCUUUGUGUCCAGAAAGCAAAUAUCUAAAUUAGCUUGCUGGUAAAUUAAGAAUUAUUCCUAAGGUAGUGGCUAGUGUUUAAGAAAUGUGAAAGUUUUGCACUUUGUCUUAUUAUCGUUACUGUGUGCUUAAAGACCAUCUGGUAGUGUUACAGUACCUUUCCUUCAGUGAACGAAAAAGACUAUGAUUUAAACCCUGCGUGAGAAAAUCCUUGGAUUUCCAUUGGUGGUAGUUUAUCUUAACUGCGGUUUGUUGCAAGUGUAGGAAACAGUGUAUACAGUAAAGUCAGUUUUAGGAAAGCAGAAAGUUGACAUAAGGUAAAAAAUUAUUUUCAAAGUUUCAAUACAUUGUCUCAUUCCUCGUCAAUAUUUUAAAACUGAAAUUCAUUUUCUCACAAAUGUAAGGGGGUAAGGGAACACGAAUUUUUGUGUUUGUAUUUUUUAAUGAUUGUAUAAACUGUAGGAAUCUUUGUUUUGUGUGGCUGGUGAUAGUUUAUGGUCCUGGUGAUAAACUGUGUGACAGUACUGAUUGCACUGUGACGAGGCUUGACUGGUAACCUGCCUCGUGGCAUGUUCGUCACUGUCUUGGCACCUAAUUUAAACACCCAGCACCUAAUAACAUAACUGACCAAAAUGAUUGUACACCAGCUGACGAAGGAUGAAGAUGAAGACAAGGAAAGCAGUCCUUCUGUUCAUGGCCUAGCAUCCUGUUUUUCCUCCGUGGCAUCCAGUCCCUAUGAGUCAGAACCAACGGGGACCCCCACUGACAGCGCACAACAGACAAGAGAAAGGUUAGGAACGUGGGCAAAUGUUGGAUGUGUCUUGUUUCGCCUCUUAGAUUAUGAACAGGAUGAGGCAAAAAGUAACAGAAUUCACUUUUGAAAUUUGCUAAGUGAAAAUACCUUGUCAUCAUGAAUUACUCAGUGUUUGUGACAUCUUUCUGUAUACAAAACAUUGCGCCAUAGCGUCCAGCGUUGCCAGGUGUUAUUGUAUGUAAGAAGGGACAACGGUUUGAUCUUCAUCAGCAUUACCUUCAACUGGAAAGCGAGGAACAGCUUAAAAUAACCUCAGUUCACAAAGGGCAACGCCUGCAGAAACCUUCGCUAUUUACCAAAGUAAGCAGAUGGGGUGCCUGGUAGCAUGAAAAUUAUUUGUUAGAGACAAAAAUACAAAUUCCAAUUCAUGUGGACUCUAAGGUACUUUUAUUCAGAACAGAAUUCCAAAUUAUUUGCUCUAGAAAGUGUGAAUUAAAAUAAAUGUUUCUGCAGUC